UCUACACGUCAAAAACAUCUUUUACAUUUUCCUGCAAUCAAUCCUAAUUCCCUCUUAAUUUUCUUCCCUUCCUCACCGAUCCUCGCGCCUCAUCCUGCCACAUCGCCCGUGGACGGCAACCGGAGCAUCGCCUGGUAUCCCGGACCUCCUCUGCGGUGUGCGCCUCCUGACUUUGGCUGCAAGAUCGGGCUUCUUAAUACAUGAGAAAGCGUUGAACGCGAGUACACCGUUUUAAACCUCAGUCCCGCAAGUCGUGUUUUGUGUAUUAAAUUACUGAUGAAGAGACACGAUAAUAAUUCUGCAGAUUAUGGAACUCAAAGAAAACAGACGGUCAAUGACUCCAGUGACGAUGCUAUUGAUCUGGAUGAUUUAUUGCCAAAGAUCGGAGAGUUUGGAUUGUAUCAAAAACUACUUCUGUGGCUGGUAUGUUUACCAGCCUGUUUGCCUUGUGGAUUUUGCGCUUUCAACCAAUUAUUUAUGACAGACGUACCUGACCACUGGUGUCGAGUGCCAGAACUAGUCUCAUUAAACUUAACGCAACAGGAAAUAAAAAUACUAUCUAUACCGAAAAUACACAAUACAUCUUUUGAAAAAUGCCUACGAUACGCAGUAAAUUGGUCAACAAUAAAAAGAGCAGACAUUUUUAAUACAUUUAAUGAAUCUUGGCCGGUAGAGCCUUGUUUGGAUGGAUAUGUAUACAAUACUUCAGUAGUAACUUCUUCCAUUGUGAUUGACUUUGAUUUAGUUUGCGAAUAUGAUGUUUAUCCAACGCUUGGAUUAGUAGCACUUAACGUUGGAGGGCCAAUAGGAGUUUAUACUUUUGGAUACUUAAAUGACCGCAUCGGCCGAAAGAAAUCUUUCUUUCUCUGUUUAAGCACAUUGUUACUUGGUAGUAUAAUGACUGCGUACGCACAUGAAUACUGGUUUUGGGUUCUAGCUAGAGUAAUUGUUGGUCUAACUAUCCCUGCAGUAUAUCAAAUACCAUUUAUAAUUUCUCUAGAAUUAGCCGGGCCCAAUUAUCGAUCCUUCGUAACAGUAAUGACUUGCGUAUUUUAUACAUUGGGGUUGAUAUUACUUUCUGGUGUUACAUAUUUGUUACGAGAUUGGAGAUCCUUGGCAUUAGCUACAUCCGUCCCGUUCCUGUUAUAUUAUCUCUAUUGGUUCGUUCUACCGGAAUCACCUAGAUGGCUACUUAUGCGAGAAAGAUUAGAGGAGGCAAAUAACAUACUUAAAACUAUAGCAAAAGUAAACGGAAAUGAAAUGCCACCAGAUUACACACAUAAACUACAGAAACAAGUUUUAGAACUGAAAGAAAAAGGGUGUUCAGAAACUAAAACUGCGAGCGUUCUUGGGCUAUGUAGAACGCCAAAUAUGAGGCUAAAAACUUGCUUAAUUACAUUAAAUUGGUGCGCCUCGGAGAUGGUUUACGUGGGGUUGAGCUAUUACGGACCUGCGAUCGGAGACAAUCAGUACAUGAGCUUCUUCUUAUCGUCAGUCGUGGAAAUACCAAGUUACAUAGUUUGUUGGAUACUUAUGGACCGCAUCGGCAGACGAUGGCCUCUGUGUUUAUCAAUGAUAAUAAGCGGUAUAUUUUGCAUCGUGACAGUUUUAUUGCCUAGUGAUGCAGUUACUGAAACUCUUAUUCUGUAUUUAAUAUCUAAAUGCUUUAUAUCAGCAUCGUUCUUAAUAAUAUACCCAUACGCAGGCGAAUUAUAUCCGACUGAAUUACGAGGAGUUGGCAUUGGUACGUCUGCAUAUAUUGGAGGCUUGGGGCUCAUAAUUAUACCUUUUAUAAAUUAUUUGGGUUCAAGUAACUUAGUAUUGCCCUUGGUGGUUAUGGGCGCAGUAUCGGUGGUAGGCGGUUUAAGUGCACUACGUUUGCCUGAAACCCUACACUGUCCACUACCUCAAACUGCAGAAGAAGGUGAAGAGUUUGGUAAAGACUGGACGUACGCUGAUUGCCUUAUCUGCGGAGAUCAAAGAAAAGUUGCAGCCACGGAUUCUUAUGAAAAUUUGGACCAACUGGAACUGACCCAAGCUCCUUUGAUGGAGGAUGAAGUACCUGAAAUGAAUGCCACUAGACGACGCAGUUCAAUGCGGAAACUAGUACGACAAACUAGCACUGUUGAGACACAGAAAGAUAUAGAUGGAAAUUUGAAAAUGACUUAUUGGUUUUGAAUAUAAUUAAAUUUGUUUUAUUUUAAAA